AUGAAUAUCCAGGGGAAAGGCUUCCCCUUGGACCUUGGAGGAAGCUUCACCGAAGAUGCUCCGAGGCCCCCGGUUCCCGGUGAGGAGGGGGAACUCGUCUCCACGGAUCCGAGGCCGGCUAGCCACGGUUUCUACUCCGGCAAAAGCGAUGUGGUCAGAAAUGAGAUGUCCACGGCAACACCCAGGCGCUCCGAUUUGGAUUUGGGGUACGAGCCCGAGGGGAGCGCUUCGCCAACUCCACCCUACCUGAAGUGGGCCGAGUCGCUGCACUCCUUGCUGGACGAUCAAGACGGUAUCAAUCUCUUCAGGACUUUCCUGAAACAGGAGGACUGCGCGGAUCUGCUGGACUUCUGGUUCGCCUGCAGCGGCUUCAGGAAGCUGGAGCCGUGCGCGUCUAACGAGGAAAAAAGACUCAAGCUGGCAAAAGCCAUUUACAAAAAAUACAUCCUCGACAACAACGGUAUCGUGUCCCGGCAGAUCAAACCGGCCACAAAAAGCUUCAUCAAAGACUGCGUCAUGAAACUGCAGAUCGACCCCGACAUGUUUGACCAGGCCCAAACGGAGAUCCAGUGCAUGAUAGAAGACAAUACCUACCCUUUGUUCCUUAAGUCAGAUAUUUAUUUGGAAUACACGAGGACAGGUGGGGAAAGUCCAAAAAUUUAUAGCGAUCCAAGCUCAGGGUCUGGGACAGGUAAAGGGCUGCCCGGUUACCUGCCGACCCUGAACGAGGACGAGGAGUGGAAGUGUGACCAAGAG